UGGAAGUUGUGAAAGACCCUGCUAAGCAGAGAGAGACAGGCCUGAGAUUGAGACCUGUUUAUUAAAUGCUCAGAAGAUUGCUGAAGGAUCCUGAAAGAGCAUUCCAGCAGACAGCUGUAGCCAGCCCAAGAUACCGAGCUGUUUGUAGCAGAGAUUGUGGUGAACAGGGAGGAAUUCUUAGCUGUAGUUAAAGGUCCAGGUGUUCCCCUUUCUGAAUUGAUCUGAUUGCAGACUGUGCGGUGAUUUGGACAGAAGACCAGAAAGGACCAGGCUGUAUACAACCUCCAGACACAAUGUCAGGUGUUUUCUUUGCACUUUGUCAUCUAAUUAUGAUAGCUUCAUCUGCCUUGCUACCACCAUUCAACGUUCAGUUGUUUUCUGAAAAUUUCUGCCAUAUCCUUACGUGGGAAGAACUCAAUACCAAUACUUCUGUCAUCUACUACAGCGUCACGUAUAGAACUAAACAACUAAUGAUUCCUGUCAACGAGUGUACAAAUAUUACACACCGGCGCUGUGACCUGACUGAUUAUUUUACAAACAUUAAAAUAUAUUAUAAAGCAUAUGUGCACAGCUUCACACAAAACGCGGUUUCAAAUGUCUCUUCCCACCGCAGAAUCAUAUAUCCAAUAAUGGAAACCGUGCUCGGUCCACCUAUAGUGAGCGUUGUGGCGGGUUCCGAACUUAUCAACAUUACAAUAAAUCCUCCCGUAUCUCAUUUAAAGAGUGCUGAUGGGAAAUGUACUAUUUCAAUGCUGAACGAAAUCGUUUAUCCGCUUCUGAUAUACACGAUUAAGCUGGUGCAAUCAAAUUUGGUAAGCUGCAAUUUAUUUUCUAUAUUGUUUCUGAUUUGUAGGAUUUACUGCAAAUGGUUUGGAGGGGGAAAAAUGCCAACACAGUUUUUUUUUUUUUUUAAUGUCUACAGAACUGUGCUUGUCUUUUUUUACUUCCUGUUUUGUUCGGGUCAUAGUCCCCUUUGCCAAUUAGAAAUGAGAAAGAGGUGGUUAAGGACCAUCUUCACCAUAAGAAAUCUCCUGCCGAUCACUAAUUACUGCGUAUCUGUCGAAGUUUCAGCCAGUGCUAACAUGAACCCGAUAAACAUACCAUCUCCUAUUGAGUGUGUCACUACCAAACAUAAACCUAGAACGGAAGAUGGCAACAAAUUUGCGAUCAUCAUUUCAGUUACUAGUGUGUUUGUUGUUUUAUUUACAAUACUCUUGUUAAUUGGACUGGACUUUACUGGAUACCUUUGCAUCAAAAAAAACACCCCAGAUAUUUUGAUGUGGCUUCCAAGAUCUGAGGGUACUCACAAUAGAAAUACAGAAUUAAAUGACCCAAAAUAUGUCAUACCUGCUGAUUUGCUGAGUGAAGUUGGAAACAUUGAAUGCAGAAUAUAUCAUGACAAUGGUAGACAAAAUUCUGAUGAGAGUAUAAGUUUCUUGGAAAAUGGUGAAAGGAAUGCAAGUGGUUUAUGUAACAAUGCUCCACGUCCUUCUACGUCUUCACCAGCCAAGCCUAGUGCACAAGAGUGUGGACCCUCAGCUGAAGAAGCAAUGCCUACCGAAAAUGAACCGCUCUCGGAAAUACCCAAAAGCCAUUGCCAAAAAACACUUUUCCCAGUUAAAGCACUGUAUAUCAAUUCAAACCGUUCACAGGACAAAAACGAGAUUUGUAAUGUUAAUUUCAAAUCUGUGUCAUUAGGAGACCCAGAGCUUAUCUGGUCAAGUUUGAAACAGGAGCUGCCUCCACAGAUCAGCCAAAACACUAUAACAGGCCUUCACGACUCAAGAUCACCUGUUGUGCAAAAAAUCCGACUCUUUGUAAAUAUAUUCAAUUUGGAUGUUCCACCAUUAGAGCAAUCUAAAGAUUAUAGUUCAAAAGAAAAGAUGACUUCAGGUUACAGUGAUUUUUCUGACCCAGAGGAAGAUUUAACAUCAGACUACAUUAAAUGAUGAGUUUGCUAUUUCUCAUAGCUGGAAAUCUUUAAACAUUCUUAUACAAUCUUGUCAAUGGCUG